AUGGACUCUUUCAAGAGCCUGUUUUUUAGCGCCGAUGGCUCGUCAAGACCCAAGGCCGUCAAGUGGCUGGGUAUGAGCAAACAUACGGCCGGCAAGAGCGACCAAAUGUUCAUUAGCCAUGAAGCCGCGGAGCACGUUCUAAAGCCUCUAGGCGAGACGCCAAUUAAUCUCAUUUCAAUCUUUGGAGCUGCUAGACAAGGCAAAUCCUUUCUCAUGAAUCUAUUGGCUGAUCAACAGGAUUUAUUCAAGAUCUCGAAUCUUCGUGAACCUUGCACCCAAGGCGUGGACUUGUCGGGUCAUUUGGUGCCUCUCAGUAGCUUUAGUGGAUUUAAUGGAUGUCCACCUAUUAUUACUAAAGCUGGUAAAGAUAUCCACAUUGGAUUUGUGGAUGCUGAAGGACAGGGAGACCGAGAUAUCACGUACGACUCGAGACUUGUGUCGCCCGUGCUGCUUGCGUCCAAAGUUGUGAUUUUCAAUUGGAAAGACAGUCUACAGGCGGACCGUAUGUUGAACUUGUUGGCGGUGCUGGCACGUGCAGCUCAGGGCAUUGAACUGCCGGAUGGAGCGAACACGAAAGUGUUUGGACAUUUGCAUUUGGUGUUUCGAGAUUGGAGUUUUGUCGACUCGACGCCGGAAGAAGUGUAUCGAGAUCUGUUCCAGAAGGAAAAAGGGCGGAGUGAGGAAGUUAACGUGCGCAAUCUAGCUCGCGUGAACUUGGUGGAGGCCUUUGAGUCAAUCAACAUUUGGCUGUUCCCGGCUCCUGUGGCGAAUACGGCGAAUCUGAGCGAUAAGAUUCGCUUUGAUCAGCUGCAGAAACCGUUUCAGAACAAGUUGCGUGAACUGCGCAAGUGCCUGUCAGGUCAGCUGCAGCACCCCACGAAGUUCUACCAGCGACCCUUGACGGCGAAGUAUCUAUCGCAGAUUAUGCCGGCGUUAGUAGAUACGCUGAACAGCGAUCAAGUGAUUAUGCCCGAGUCGAUAUAUUCGUCGAUGGUACGUGCAGAGGCUCAAGCUGCACAGCAAAGCUGUGAGAAGGAUAUUUCAUCGUACUGUGAAGCUGCUGGGCUCGAAGAGAUUAUCUCUAGUGAUGAGUUUGAUAAAAUGCUGCACAAGGAUGUCGAGAUUAUUAUUGAGGAAGCGUAUGAAAAAAUGCGCACCUUUCCGAUUGCAAUACGCAAAGAGAUUCAAAUGUCUCUUCGUGCCUUCGCCGAAAAGGAGAUUACCAUUGCACUUCAUGCAAACAGCGAUAAGGUUACGGCGCUUCUUUCCAAGCAAGUGGAUGCUGCCUAUCAAACAUUGAAACGAGAGUGCCAAGUUAUUGAGAAAACCAAGCUUCCGAUGAAGAGCGCACUACUACGGCAGGAAUGUACGGAGUUGCUCAAGCGUGAACUGGCACGUAUCAAAGCACUUCCUUUAGGUUUACAGGGAACGCGUGGAGUAGAGAUUGAAUGUAGCCGCGUGCAGCAGAAUGCCAGCCUUAUCUUUGACAAGUUGGAGGUGGCAAACGACAAGGCUAUUCAGCAAUCUACCGCGGCGCUGAAUGAUGUAGUGCGUGCAGCAAAAGCGCGGAUGAGCUCCGAGUUGCACGACAACCUUGAUAAACGAUUUGCAGAAAAGCAUCCCGUGACGGUGACGAAGCUGCAAGGCGAUGUGGAGAUUCUGUUUUCCAAGGUAAUGAGAGAAGUGAUGCAGCAAGCUAGCUAUGUAAACGAAUCUGGCAGCUCAGACUUCCGUUCUGAUCUUGAGCACCACAAGGCUCUGCUAGCGGACGAGAUGAAUCGACGCUACAUGAUAGAAAUGCGCCAGAUUCUGAACGAAGUUAGCUACGCGGCUCGAGAGAACUUGGGGAAGCAAGUUACGUACCGUCUAGAUGGGAAGUUACCGAUGCUGGAGGAAGAGAUUAAGGCUGCCAUUGAUAGUGCGGUGGCGCACGUUAAAAGCAACAUGGCCGACAAGCUUCACGGGUGGACGAUUCUGAAAGGCGACCUUGAGGCAAAGAGCUUGGACCUGGAGAAGCUUGGGGAUGAUUUGGCGGACCAAUUCCUGUACCGCAACCAGCAACUGGAGAAAGACGCAGGCGUACGCAAGGAAACGGAGCGCUACGAGAAAUUGAGAGUGGACGUGACAAAGGCGUUCGAGAGGAAGCUUAAGGAUGCGGGUUCUCCAACAACUGAAGACGAAAUCGAUUCUGUGUUUCACCUCGUGUUGCAAGAUCAUGCUGCCAAGUUUUUGUCAAGUAUGGUGGGUCGCGAGACAACCAAGUUCACUGCAAAGAGCCUGCGUGAGAUUCUUACAAGCGAUUGCAAACCAGCUGUGGACAACCAGAAGAUGCUUAACCAACUUGCUAUUGAAAAGAAAGAAGCGUUGGCUGUAGCAGAAAAGGAAAGGCGUAUGCGCGAGCGCGAGCGUCUCGCUGCAGAACAGAAAGAGGCAGAGAUCAAUCGUCUCAAAAGCGACCACUCGAAGUGGCUUGGUGAAAGGGAUAACGAGUCAAAACAGCUUCGUGACAAGCUGCAAGUAGAGGAGCGCAAAGCACGUGAGCUGCAGCAGCGUGUGGAAGAAAUGAAACUACAGUCAGCACAGAUGGAAAGACAGAAACAAGAUGAGCAAAUCAAGUCGAUGGAGAAGGCCCGUCGCGAAACGAUGGUGAAAGAGGAAGAGGCCACGCGACUGAAGCAUGAGCUAGAUGAAAUGAAGCGGAAGGCUGCGGACGUGGAGGUUCAAAAGCGUCAGCUUGAAGUUCAAGUUAUGUCUGAGGCAAAGAAGAGGGAUGAAGGUGAAGAGCUAAAACGCCAGCUCGAGGAGAUGAAGUACACGAUCGCGCAAAAAGAGCAAGAACGCGCAACCAUGGAGCUGCAGAUUCAGCAAGAGCAGGCAUCACGUAAGCAAGCGGAACUCGCUGCAUACCAAGCAGCGAAUGCAGCAGAAGUUGCAGCCCGAGCCGCAAUUGAAGCUGGUCGUCACCAAGCAGCCUCAGCCCCAGCGAAACCGGAGAAAAUCGGAUGUAAGAGACCAUUAGAAAGAAGUGCGUCAGACGACGUUGAGAUGGAAGACGUGUCUCAUCCGCGAACGCGCACCUCUGGCCGUGCCACCGCCACCAUGUCAUCGCCAGUUGCCAAAAAGCCACGCGGACCGAACAAGGCGAGAAUAGUUCGCGUCACGGGAGGUAAGCAAAAAAUGUCACUUGCUGAGGCGCGCAAGGCUGCUCAGGAAGAUGUUGAGAAACGGAUCCAGGAGCGCGCCAAGCUGCUUUCAGCGUCAAAGAAGAAGAAAUAA